CUACUCAUGCCACUCACCACCAGGCCAGUUAGAUCGAUCUCUCUUUCUCUGAACUUUUCUUGCUUCAGAGAUUGAGCAGAUCGAGCAGCAAGGCGAGAACGAGAGCUAGCAAUGGCUGGCGGUCGUCGUCGACUCUCCCCUGCGUGCCUCUUUCUCACCGUCGCCCUCGUGGUCCUCGUCGCCUUGCCGGAGCUCGCCGCUGCUCGCACCCGCCGCUACACGUUCAAUGUGACGAUGGCAACGGUGACGCGGCUGUGCGUGACGAAGAGCAUCCCCACGGUGAACGGCCGGUUCCCGGGGCCGAGGAUCGUCGUGCGCGAGGGCGACCGCCUCGUGGUGCAGGUCCACAAUAACAUCAACAACAACGUCACGUUCCACUGGCACGGCGUCCGGCAGCUGCGCAGCGGGUGGUCGGACGGUCCGUCGUUCAUCACGCAGUGCCCGAUCCGUCCCGGGCAGAGCUACGCCUACGACUUCCGCAUCGUGGGGCAGCGCGGCACGCUGUGGUGGCACGCGCACUUCUCCUGGCUCCGCGCCACGCUCUACGGCCCGCUCGUCAUCCUCCCGCCGCGCGGCGUCCCCUACCCGUUCCCCAAGCCCCACGCCGAAGUGCCCCUCAUGCUCGGCGAGUGGUUCAACGCCGACCCGGAGGCCGUCAUCAAGCAGGCGCUGCAGACCGGCGGUGGGCCGAACGUCUCCGACGCCUACACCUUCAACGGCCUGCCUGGCCCGACCUACAACUGCUCCGGCGGCGGCGCCGGCGACACGUUCAAGCUGAGGGUCAAGCCCGGCAAGACGUACCUGCUGCGGCUCGUGAACGCGGCGCUCAACGACGAGCUCUUCUUCGCGGUCGCCAACCACACGCUGACGGUGGUGCAGGCGGACGCCAGCUACGUGAAGCCGUUCACGGCCGACACGCUGGUCAUCUCGCCGGGGCAGACCAUGGACGUGCUCCUCACCGCGGCCGCCGCGACCGCCCCUUCCUCGACCGCCGCCUACGCCAUCGCCGUCGCGCCCUACACCAACACGGUCGGCACGUUCGACAACACCACGGCCAUCGCCGUCCUCGAGUACUACGGCGCGCCGCCGCAGAGCGCCGCGGCGCUCCGGAACCUCCCGCUCCCCGCGCUGCCGCUGUACAACGACACAGGCGCGGUGGCCAACUUCUCGGCGAAGUUCCGGAGCCUCGCGAGCGCGCAGUACCCGGCGCUGGUGCCGCGGACGGUGGACCGGAGGUUCUUCUUCGCCGUCGGGCUCGGCGCCGACCCGUGCCAGAGCAGGGUGAACGGGACGUGCCAGGGGCCCAACGGCACCAGGUUCGCGGCGACCAUGAACAACGUGUCGUUCACCAUGCCCAAGACGUCGCUCCUCCAGGCGCACUACCAGCGGCGGUACAGCGGCGUGCUCACGGCCAACUUCCCCGGGGUGCCGCCGACGCCGUUCAACUACACGGGGACGCCGCCCAACAACACGUUCGUCACGCACGGCACCAGGGUGGUGCCGCUCAGCUUCAACACCACCGUCGAGGUGGUGCUGCAGGACACCAGCAUUUUGGGCGCCGAGAGCCACCCGCUGCACCUGCACGGCUACGACUUCUUCGUCGUCGGCCAGGGGUUCGGCAACUACGACGCCGGCAACGACACGGCCAAGUACAACCUCGUCGACCCGGUGCAGCGGAACACCAUCAGCGUGCCCACCGCCGGCUGGGUCGCCAUCCGCUUCGUUGCCGACAACCCCGGCGUGUGGAUCAUGCAUUGCCACCUGGACGUGCACCUCAGCUGGGGUCUGGCAAUGGCGUGGCUCGUCAACGACGGGCCGCUGCCCAACCAGAAGCUGCCGCCUCCGCCGUCCGAUAUCCCCAGGUGUUGAUACACUCGGAUCCGACACAAUUGUUCUGCGGAGGUUUUGAUCCGUGCAAUGCACGCGUCUUGUGGCGGUAGCGGAAACGGACUUCGAUUGACCCGUGGAAUACCCCAUUUUGUGACGAUGUCUGAUUUUGUUGCCGCACCGUGUUUUGGAGACAUACAAAAUCCGUAAAGCAAGUUUAUUGGGUGGUGUGUGUUGUUGCGUGAUUCUUUUUUACGAUUCUUUGGUUACACCUUUUUGUUUUCCUGCUGGACAUUGCUAGUGUGUACAGACGUACAGUGUAUCGGUAUAUAUACUACAUAUAAUAUAUGUAUCAGUCAACUA